AUCAAUCGAUCUCUACCCAGAUUCUCCGGAGGAGCUUUGUGUCUUCUCAUAUUGAUGCAGUGAAGGUCCUUUGUUAGAUGGGAAAAUUUGUUCUUGAGUUGUCAAAAGGUAUUUUCUAUGUAUAUGGAGUAGAAUUGUUUACAAGGAAGCAGCCAUAAAGGAGUUUGAUUUUGGAGGAAUGGUUUUAGUGGUGUUGUGAAGAUAUAUCAGUUUUGGUUGUUUUUGGAUUUGAUGGGUAAAGAGAAUCAGUUGGAGACUACCAAUUGCGGAGUCAGUGAUCACGGUUCUCCACCUAUCAAGAACGAAGAACAUGAGGCACCACGUUACAGUUCAGACAAAGACACGGGUUUACCAACUUGCCGUGUGUGCCAGUGUGCAGAAUCCGAUAGAAGAGGAGAUGCUGCUUUAGGGUUUUUGGGUAUUACUCCUCCGGUUUCAGAACCUCGCAGAAGCAAUGCGGGUGAAGAAACCGUUGAUCAGAAAAGCUCGGUUAACAAACCUAGUGGAUUCAUCGAACUAAUAAGUCCUGAUGGAGAGGUUUUCGUUUGUGCAAAUGACGAUAUAGAAAUGGGAGCGUGGCAGCAUCGAGAUAAGUUGCUAGAACUCGGAUGUUCUUGCAAGAAUGAUCUUGCUUUGGUACACUACGCUUGUGCAUUGAAAUGGUUCGUCAACCACGGAUCAACAGUUUGUGAGAUAUGUGGAAAAACCGCGGAGAAUAUAAGAAUAGUUGAUUUCAACAAAGUGGUUAUCGCUUUAAAAGAUUACGCAGCGCUAAGAGAAAGAACAGCGGAUGGAGAUCCAAAUCCUGUAGCGGUUAACAACAACACGAGUUCUUCAGGAAUUGAUCCUGAUGCAGUUGCAGCCAUUCGAAGGCAACGACUUAGUGAGAUUUCGUUAUGGUUUGGUCCACAUUGUUCAAACAACAACAAUAGUAGUAAUUCCGCUGCUGCAGGGACGGCUUCUUCUCAGGUUACAUCUGAACAACCUGUGGGUAUAGUAAACUUUGAUAUCUUGCCUAUGGAAAGCCGUGCGACCAAAUGGGCGGUUGAAGGUACAGGAAUACUACUUGCAACCGGAUUACUCACUGUUACUUUGGCAUGGCUCAUUGCUCCUCGUGUCGGAAAGAGAACUGCAAAGAGUGGACUACACAUACUUCUAGGUGGUCUCUGUGCUUUAACAGUAGUCAUCUUCUUCAGAUUCGUUGUGCUGACAAGAAUCAGGUACGGACCAGCACGUUACUGGGCAAUCUUGUUCGUCUUCUGGUUUCUUGUGUUUGGCAUUUGGGCUUCACUUGGUGUCUCUGAGGCCAACUACAACGCAGUUACUACAAGGUACUCGGAUUCUCGAUGCGCCAAUGAAUCUUCUGCAAGUCCACCACCAAGACACUACCCACGGGGGCGUCCCCGUACUGUACCGUCUACACAUGCGGUGCACUCUAACUCAACCAAAGGAAAAGGCCCAUAAUUAUUAUAUGUCUCAACUCUCAAGAAUGAAGAAACAAUAUAUCUAUCUGUAUCACGGGGGAUGCACAAGGAGAGGCAACUUUAUUGCUGUGCAAUUAUUAAAAAUAUUACAUGGAC